AUGCUUCUACUUGGAGCCGGAACUCCUUCCAACCGGGAGCGACGACAAGCUAUAGACCCGCAAAGAGAUUCUCGUUCAAGCCCUCACGUUAACUCAAAUUAUGGUUAUGCUGCUGCACAACCUGUUGUCUGUAAAUGCGAAGCAGCUAAUAAUUGCCCAGCUGGACCUGCAGGACCUCCAGGUGCUCAAGGAGAGGCUGGAGUUGCUGGAAUUGGAGGCAAACCAGGAAUUCCUGGUGAGGAUGCUCCAGAUUGGCAAAAUGCACCUUUCAAGGGUUGCAUUAAUUGUCCUCAUGGUCCACAAGGUUCACCAGGAGAGGCUGGACGUCCAGGAGUUAGAGGAAUGCGUGGAGCUAAAGGAUCACCAGGAAUGCCUGGACGUGAUGGUGUUCCUGGAUUGCCUGGAAUUCAAGGUCAAGAAGGAAAGCCGGGAGAUGACGGUCCUAUUGGGAAGUCGGGAGUAGUCUUAAGGUUUUAA